CGCUCGAUUUCGUUAAAGUAGUCCCUUUCUCUCUACCUUGGUUUUGAGUGAGCAUAUUUGAGUGUAUAAGCACUAGCUUUACUAUACAGACGUUAUAUUUUAAUUCUAUAAUUGUUUUAUAAUCACAAUUAACCUUUCUUUUAAUGUCAGUGGGACAAGAAACGUAGCAACAAGGCAGCAUAGUAAGGAGACAGCUAACGAAGUGGAACGUGGCCCAACGGCGCCACUGUUUGAAAACUCCGGUUCGUUGUUCUGUUUGUGUAGUUUAGUAGUCACGUUUUUCUACACUUUUCUCGCUGUUAAAUCAGUAUAAACCCAUUUCGGGGUAGUUAUGGGUGUUCAUGAUUUGUGGUCUAUCGUGGAGCCGGUUCGUGAGUCGGUGCCGCUGUACAGUUUGAGCGGAAAGACGCUAGCAGUGGAUCUGAGUUUAUGGGUGUGCGAGGCUCAGCACGUCCAAGCUAUGAUGGGGAGAGUUACUAAGCCCCACCUGAGGAAUUUAUUUUUCAGGGUGUCCUCCCUCACACUUAUGGGGGUAAAGCUUGUCUUUGUCAUGGAAGGAGAAGCCCCUAAACUUAAAGCAGAAACCAUGAGCAAGAGGACAGAAACAAGAUUUGGUGGAUUCAAAAAGCCUGCUGCCCCGAAGUCUGCAACAAACACCAGCAGAGGGCGCUUCAAAGCUGUGCUCAAAGAGUGUGCAGAGAUGUUGGACUACCUAGGAGUCCCAUGGGUGACAGCUGCUGGGGAGGCUGAGGCCAUGUGUGCAUAUCUAGACUCACAGGGCCUGGUGGAUGGCUGCAUCACCAAUGAUGGAGAUGCAUUCCUGUACGGAGCGCGAACUGUCUAUAGGAACUUCAACAUGAAUAGUAAAGAUCCUCAGGUGGACUGUUACCAGACUUCUCAAGUGCAAACAGAGUUACAUCUGUCCAGGGAGAACCUUGUUGGCCUGGCCAUCCUCCUUGGCUGUGAUUAUAUUCCUAAGGGCAUACCAGGUGUUGGUAAAGAACAAGCUCUUAAACUUAUCCAGACACUGAAAGGACAAACACUUCUGCAGAGGUUCAUCCAGUGGAAGGAGGAUAAUGCAGGUGUGUCUGAGAGAGUUGUGAAAAAAGUUCCUCACUGCCACGUAUGUCGACAUCCUGGCUCAGCAAAGGCACACGAACGCGGCGGCUGUGUGCUUUGCGACAGUACACGUUUCUGUCAACCUCAGGAUUUUGAUUACCAGUGUCCCUGCGACUGGCACCGCUAUGAACAGACCCGCCAGGCUUUGUCUUUUGAGGCAAACAUCAGGAAGAAAACACUUGCAAGUCAUCAGUUCCCUUUCACAGAGAUCAUCAGUGAGUUUCUGAUUGCCAAAGAUAAGCCAGUGUCACAUUUCAAGAGGAGACAGCCAAAUAUGCUGUUGAUGCAGAAAUUUGCCUAUGACAAGAUGGAGUGGCCGAAGCACUACACCAGUGAGAAGGUUUUAGUUUUGAUGACCUAUGUUGAGUUGAUGAACAGGAAAUAUGGAAGAGAGAUGUCCUCCCAAAUCAAGCCCCUCAGAAUAUUAAAACCAAGAGUGAGGAAUGGCAUUGCUUGCUUUGAAGUCAUCUGGAGGACACCAGAACAUUAUGUGUUUCCUGAGGAUCGGCCUGCAGAGGAUCGACAUGAGGUGAGGACAGUAGAGGAAGAGUCUCUCUUCUGUGUGGCCUUCCCAGAGGUGGUGGAGAGCUACCUGACAGACAAAGCUCUGGCUGAGGAGAACAAGACCAAAAAAAAGAAACCACGGAGUAAAAAGGAGAAGCCAUCUGAUGUUUCUGAUGGUAUUUCAGACCUGUUGGCUCAGAUGAGCCUACAGAGUACCUCUUCAGCCAAUGCCACCACUCAACCACAAAUGCUGCUCUCUACCAUUUCAAACACAGAGAAAACAGAAGUGGUGGUUUGGGACGCUCCAGUGAACCAUAAACAGCACAGCAACUCAAAAGAGGACCACAGCAGUGUGGAUAAUUGCCCCAGCACUCCUCAGUGUCAUGCACAAUCAGAGGCUGUUGCUUCACCGUCCGUCUCUGCUGUUAUUGACGCUCUACACCUGAGUGAUAUUGACUGGGAAGCCUUGUCCUUCACGUCCUCUCCACUUCCACAAGUGGCUACAAACCACACCACCAAGCUAAGUAAAUCCACAGACGGAGAGGUCAAGGAAACACAGAGAAAGGAAGCCUCAAGCGAUGUAAAACAAGCAGACUCCAGAUCAGCUCCAGAGCUGUGUCCUCUAAGAGACAGGGUGCUCAUGAGGAAUACAGACAAAGUUAUAAAUCAGGAGGAACACAAUGAUGUGGUCUCAAAACAACUGAAUUAUGAGUUAGCCUCUCUUGAACAUGUUUCUCCUCACAGCUCUAACUCAAAACCAAAUGGACAAAUCUCCAGUGAAGGUGGCAGUGACAGUAAAAUGACGAGGAAGGAAUCUGAUGUUAACAAAAAGGAACCACUAAAUGACAGAAGUCAGUGUGUAAAGAACAAGGCAGAUAAAGAAACUCACUCUUUAAAACAGCCAUUUAUGCCUGCAUUACAAGAUCAGUGUAAGGCAGUGGAUAAAUGUAAUGGUUCCCAAAAGCCUCCUCAGAAAUAUAAAUUUGUCAGGACAGCCUUUUCAUCAUCUGCUGUCCCAGCACAGAGGUGCCAGUCUGACCCAGGUCAAAGUGACAAAGACAGGAACGUGCCACAGACCACCAAGAAGAGUGUGUGUUUGAGUGUGUGUUCAUCCAGCGAGGACAGUGACGCAGAGAACCAGCAGCUUGGACCUCAAAGAAAGGCUAAGAUGAAGCCCGUAAACAAGAUCAAGGAGAGCUGUGUUACAAACUUCCCUCUGAAACCAGUUUCUGGGCCUAAAACAACCAAACAAACGAUGAAACAGACUCUCAGACUUCAGCCAUUAAGACCAAAAUCUACAGAUGUUGAGAUAAAGAGAACACUUGUAUCGAGUAAAAGCAAGUGCCAGGAGGUCCCAGCAGUUAUUGUGGAUGGUGAUGACCUUUCUCCUGCUCCAGCUUCACCUGUCACUGUGUUAGACAGUGACGAUUCAGUGAUUUGCAGUGACAGUCCACUGCCACUGGCAGAGAGACUGAGACUGAAAUUCCUGAAUUGAGGAGCAUGGUUACAGGUUGAUUGACAGGAAUAACGAAGUUAUUUCAUGGUGCAAGUGAAUGUUUAUUUACAUUUUUGGAAAGAGUAGUUUGAUGAACCAAUAAUGAUUUGAAGAAUUUUUCAAGCAAUUAUGUCAAACCUUUCCAUGUCUUAACAUAAUAAAUGGAAUAUGAAUGAG